AGAGCAAAUUUCCCUGUGGAAAAGGCUCACCAACUGGUAGGGGUAACGAAUGGUAAUUUUUAUUAUGGACCGAGCCUUAAUCUACAGUAAAUAAUUGUAACGGUGUGAUUACGAAAGUGACAGUCGCGGUUUAACGACAUGACGCGUAUUCAGACAGUAGACGAACUCCGUAGACGCAACACGUGUGAACCUUUAAAAUAAAAAUAUUUUUUACGUCGUUAAAGUGGUUUUUUAAAUUGUUUGUGACGUUGAGAAAAUCCAGGAAACCUGCGUUUAUUUACUCGUUUAAUUAAUGGACACAAUAACAUACACGGUUUCUGUGUCGGGUUUAUCGCUGAAAACCGCAAACAAUGGCUAUAUCGAGAAUCGAUAUAGUAAUAAAAGUGGAAUGUUGAUUAGAUAACAAAUAAACUUAUGUUUUAUCGUGGCCUCGGCGCAGCGCAAAAGAAAAUCGUCUGCAAAUUGCGCCCAUCCUUUCCAAGUCGCAUGCGGGAUUGCAGCGUAAUUGUUUGUACGGGGGAAUGUGAAAACAAAGUGUAAAUAUUGCCUUAACGGAAUGUGUGACAGUGUGUGCUCUUAUCAUGGGUAACAGAACAGAGAUGGCUACUCCUGAAAAUACAGACGAUGAAAGCGGCGAAGCCUUUACUGACGGUGACUUUGAGGACUCCGAAGAUGAACCAGUUGAACGUGAAGUUGAUGCUAAAAUUGCAACAAUUCCUGUUAAUGACACUGUUAAUACAGCUAUAAACAACGAUGCGAAUGAACUCGAUGGAGAUAUUAAAAGUGAGAAUGGUACUGAUUGCGCUGUGCAAAGUGAUGGAAUGAUGGAUGCCCGGGAUUCUGAUGAAGAAAAUAAUAAUAGCCCAUCUUUAAUUGGCAUUCUCGGAGAUCAGCAAACUCAUGCUGAGCAGCGACUGGCGGCGCGACGGGCUGCGAGGGCAGAGGCACGAGAGAUACGCAUGAGGGAAUUGGAGAGACAGCAGAGGGAACAGGAGGACCAUGCUGAUAAAGCUUACGAUAUGUAUGCAGAAACUGUGGGACGUCGUGGUGCAACCAGACUAGCGUCCCUAAGUCCGGCGGGAUUGCACUCGCCAAGGCGGAGUUCGGAGGAUUCUGACGAAGUACUCAGUAUUAAGGAUCUGAGGUACGAAUUAAAAGAGGUGGAGGAGAAAUUUCGCAAAGCGAUGAUAUUGAACGCUCAGUUGGACAAUGACAAAGCGGCGCUUGGAUAUCAGUUGGAGCUGCUCAAAGAUAGAAUAGAAGAAUUGCAAGAAGAGUACGCGCAGUUACAGCGGGAACACAAAGAGAAAUGCUCCGCCCAUGAGCGUCUAAAGCGCGACCACGCCACCGUCGAAGGCGAGUUGACGUGCGCCCGUGACGCGGUACGUGCACGGGACGCGGCCGUGGAGGGCGCGGGCUUCACGUUCGUGGAGUCGGGGGAUGCGCAGGCGCAGGGCUUUGGCGCUGUGCCCCCUUUGGCCCUGGUCUCGCAUCACUCGCACGCCUUGCUCGAGGACGGAGGAGAGGGCACGCUCGACGUCCGGUUGCAAAACCUCGUGAGCUCCAAGCAGGGUUUGGAGUCGGAAGUGCGGAAACUAAAAUUACAACUGAACGAAGAACGAGCGGCUAGACAAAAUGGCGUCGCAUCACACCACGACUUGGAUUAUGAGAAUGAAUUGGAAACCCUAAGAAAAUCAGUAUCGGAAGCGAAAGGGCGGGCGGCACGAGCGGAAGCGGAAGCGGCGUUACAAGCGGGCGCUGUUGCGAGACUCGAGGCCCAGGUACAGAGGCUGAGAGCUCGGCAGGACCAUCAGGACGAGCACGAGGAGAUGCUUAAACAGGAGAGGAGGAAGCUGCAGAGAGAGGCACGUGAAGCCCUCAACCGAGUUGAAGAAUUGGAGACGGAGAACAAUCAUCUAACAAAACGGCUAGACAAACUGAAGAAUGCUAAGUCAGCACUACUCAAGGAGCUGUGAUGAUGGCUACACCCACCAUAUAUGUAGUAACUAUACCAUCAUUAUAGAGUAACUACCGAACAAUUUUAAUGGAGCCUAAUUUUCACUUUUCUUUAUUCAAUUUACCUGAAACUAUUAAACAAUUUAAGAUAUAAGUUUAUACACACAGAUGUGAGAUAUUUGUAAAGCAUUUUAUUAAUUAAGUGUCAUUGUAAACUUUAUUUUCUUUCAGUUGAUUUUUCAUACUAUGUUUCAAAUUUCAAACAAUAUACAUACUUGAUUACCAAUUAAAUUAUAUAUAUAAAUAGCAUUUGUAUAGAAAAAGUUUAAUUUUUCAUAAAAACCAAUGAGUUGACGACGAUGAUCUGUCUCAUUUCAUCACAGCGUAGAUACAAUUUGACGGAAAGAGACAAGACUAUUUCAGUCAAAAUAUUGAAAAUAUAUUGAGUUUUACAAAGAGAGCGAUCUCCUGGUUAUUGGGCGCUUAAAAAGGAAAUAAUUUGACAAAUUUUAAUUGUCAAUGAUUGGCCCUGAAGCCUUGUUUGAUUUAACAAUAAAAACUUAAAAAUUAUUACAUUGAAAUAUUAUGAGAGUGGGAUUUCUAGGAACGCUUAGCAGCAAAAAUUGUAACACAUGAUUUUGACAUUCAGGAUUCCAAGUUUCGGUUUGUCUAUAGACCAUCUAAAUUUUUUUAGUCUUAACCUUUAGACCGUUUCUCAAUCGGGGGUCGCGACCCUUGAGGGGUUGAGUUUGUUUUAAAAGGGUCAUAGUAUGUGGAAAAAUAAUAAACUCAAACAAAAAUUCGUGAAAAAUAGCGCGCUAUGUAUAUAUUAUUAUAAUUUUACGGUAAAAAAACUUUUUGCCGUUUCCGUGGGUCGUGAUAAACGAUGCUAUAGACUAUACGAAGCGCCAACACUAAGAAAUUGACAGUGUGUACUUUCUUGGGUAGAAAUUUUAUUGCAUUUAUAACAUUUUUAAUUUCUAUAAUCUGUUAAAAAAAAUUGUUUUCCAAUGUUAAUAAAAUGUCACAAUUGUAUCAAGCAUUAUUUAAAACUGUAUUUUUAUUUGUAAGAGCAAUCAAUAGGUAAGUUGACGUUUGGUGCAUUUUUGUAUUUUUAUUAAAAUUAAUUACAGAAUCAGAUAACAAUAAAAAAAAUAUUUAUCCAUUUUUUCUACGUAUCAAAUAAAUUUAAGUACUGCAACUACUCCUCCGCUGUGAUAAAAUGUCGAUUUUUAAUGUCAACUGACCUAGUAUUGACUGGACUAUCAAAUAAAUAUACAGAGAUGAUUUGUUGGACGACU